GGCCGGUUUCCGCUCCACUUGCUGCCACAUCUCCAGUCUCCCGCCACCCGCAACCACCUCCACUGCAACGGGUCUGUCUUGCUCUCGUCGGCUAGGGCUUCGCCGCGCCAUACCCCAACCAUGGAUGCGACCACGGCCGCCUCGCUCCCACGCCUCUCCGUCCCGCCGGCCCCUCGCCCUACCAUCACCCCCUCCCGCUUCCGCCCCAACGACGCCCCUGUCCCCAGCCGCCGCCGCCUCAGCCUCCGUUUCCACCGCUCGCCGGUGGCAGCUGCUGCUGCCGCAAGCUCCCCGUCCGCUACAUCCUCUUCUCCGGAACCAGGGUCGGGCAUCGGUGAUGCGCUAGGUGGCGUCUCCAUCUUCUCUGCGGCCACCGGCGAGCCCGUCCUCAUCAGGGAUUUGUGGGACCAGAAUGAGGGAAUGGCUGUCGUUGCGCUGCUAAGGCAUUUCGGGUGUCCUUGCUGUUGGGAGUUGGCCUCCGUGUUGAAGGAUGCGAGGGAGAGAUUCGAUUCGGCUGGCGUCAAACUAAUUGCUGUUGGUGUUGGCACUCCUGAUAAAGCCCGGAUUCUUGCUGAGCGUCUGCCCUUUCCAUUGGAUUGCCUCUAUGCAGAUCCUGAACGCAAGGCUUAUGAUCUCUUGGGUCUAUAUUUUGGUGUCGGUCGUACAUUCUUCAACCCAGCUAGUGUGAAAGUGUUCUCUCGAUUUGAGUCCCUGAAGGAGGCAACGAAAAACUAUACAAUCAAAGCCACCCCAGAUGAUAGGCUGAGUGUCCUGCAACAGGGUGGAAUGUUUGUGUUCAAAGGGAAAGAACUGUUAUAUGCAAGGAAAGAUGAAGGCACAGGUGAUCAUGCCCCUUUAGAUGAUGUCCUUGACAUCUGCUGUAAAGUUCCAGUCGCCUGAUGUCGAAUCCUACACAGGCUCCGCCGCGACUGGAAAGCGUAUUUCACAAGCUUGGCAUCAGAUGAUUUUCGACUGCUGACGGGUGCAAGUGUAGUAUCUGCAUGUAUAUCUACUGUAAGUUGGAAACAUAAAGUUGUUGGGCAAACCAAACGUAGAACUCUGCCAUACCCUUAUCGGAGUUUAGCAGGGUAGGGUUUUGGAAGAAAUGUAUACGCUGUAAAGCAGGUUUAUACCGUUGCUUCUGGAAAUGGAACGCUGAAAAAAGUAGCGGGGUCGAUCAGUACCUGCUGCGUAUGAGUUCAGAUGGUCAAA